CGGGGGUGGUUUAAGUGUGAAUGUAUAAAAGUUUAGUUUUAUUUUGGUAAACAUUGUGACUUUCAAAAGGGAAAGUCAUUGUUGCAGGCUAGUUUUGUGUCAUACCACCUUCACUUAUGUAGUACCAACCAUAGAUGAAACACAGUGCACCACAUGGCUGCAAACAAAAACAUAUAUUAAAAAAAUAUAUGUUUUAUAUAAGACCUGCAAAAUUUCAACACUAAUAUUAAUAAUAAAAAAAAGGCUCAAACUAAGUCUCCCUGAGGUUAAAAGCCAAAGAAUAAAAAUGGCUUUUACUGGAAUAAAAGAGUAUUAGGAUGUUAUUAACAAAAAUGUUGAAAAAAAGCAAAGAGAUUUAAAAUAAACAAACAAUAGGGUGCCACAUGGCUCCUAUUGUGACGCCCUUUGCAGAGGGUGUUUUGAGUGUAGGGUGCACCCUGUAAGGUGCAAAGGUAAACUCUCACUGGCGGUGGACCCUUUGCACUUUUGCAAAGGGUGCACUCAAAAACGCAGUUGUCCCCGAUUUGACUCCCGACCCCGAGCCACUUAAUGCCCUGCCUAUUUUUAUUUUAUUUGUUUAUUUAAAAAAUAAAAGCGCAAGAACUAUAAUUAAAAAUGUAUUAAUGACAGUGGCAGUGAUCCGGGGAAGGCUUUUACUUUCAUUAUUUGCAGGGGGAAAAAAAAUUCUAAUUAGUUCUCUUUUUUUUCAUUUUUUUUUCUUGAAUGUUUGCAAGCAUUGAUCUAAUAAGAUUGCCAGUAAUUUUUACAAAAAACUAACUUCAGAGGUUGCAGAACUUUAGUUGCUAUGUAACACGAUCUGAGUGAAUUUGCAGCGUGACCUCACAGGUAAGGUGAAGCAUGUGACAUCACGGUGAUGUCCCUAAUGACUUCCCAGAUAAUUGCAUGUCGGUAUCCUGACUUCAGCAUACAUUUAUCUUACAGGUAGACAUUGGUUUACCAGUUACAGUGCUACUGUGCACUAUCGCAGUAAUACAUUUAACUUUUUCUUAAUAACAGCAGGAAUAGGUGAAUUCUUUCAGAUCUGUCAUGGAGACCAAAACAGCAAGCCAGGGAAUGGACAAAAAUCCGAAAAAAAAGGAUCAUAAAAUCAAAGUAGAUGAAGUCACCUCUCGUAGGGAGAUGAAGCUAAAGGCAACAGAGAAGGAUUUAGCAUACCACCAGAAGGAACACUACAAACUGGCUUCCGAGACUGAGGAACUAAGACAUCUCCUAUACCAGGCGGAGAUUAACGAAUUUGGGACCACUGAUUAUUGGCAGAAAGAUUUAAAAGUUAAAGGGGAAAAGAUCAAAAGCCUGGAGGAACAGAUCAAAAGUCUAGAAGAGCUUGCAAUUGAAGAACGUCGUGAGUGGGAAAAUGAAAAGAAGCAAACCUUCAAAGAGUUUGAGGAAGAAAUUUUAAAAAGAAAGGCCAUCGAGAUUCGGAUAAAGAGAAAGAUAGCUAACAUGAGGAAGCAAUUACAAGUAUCUAAGGAAGAAUACAGAGAAAACCUAAGAAAAAAAGAUGAGGAAUAUGUACGCUUAGAAAGCGAAACAGCAGAGAGGGAAAGGAACUACAUACGUAACCAAGAGGAGAUGAGUAAGCUGAUGCUUGAUCUCAAAAACACCAUUGUCGAGUCGGAAAACGAAUUGAAAGAUGUUCACAGGAAGAAUAACUGGCUAAGUAAAAGCCUCACAUGUACCUUGGCUAAUUUAGAAGAUGCGAGGCAACUGGCUCAAUCAAUGUCUAAGGACAAACUCUCACUGGCGGUGGACAAAAAACUUCUGAAGACAGCAUUAAAGAAGAAUGGUUCUGACAUUGUGCGUCUACAAAAAUUACUUACUGAAGUCACGGCCGAAGCUGCUUAUCUGGAACAAGCCUUCCUGGAUUUGGAGAAAGAAUCUACAGAGAAUGAGAAAAGAAACCAAGUCACCAUCCAGGCCAGUCAGGUGGAGUUGGACAAACUACAGAAAAUUAUCGCCAUGCGAGAGAAGGAGCUCUCUCAAGUGAAGAAGCUGGCGAGGACCAUUGUGGAGAAACGCAAAGACAUGGAGGUGUUUUUCUACGAAGCCCUGGAUAAUGUCCGACAGGAGAUAGCUGAGGAAAGAAAGAGGAAGGUAAAGGAGGCAAAUCAAGACUGUCAGAAAUUUAGAGAUGGCGUGGCGGGGAGGUUAAAGCUCCCCCCAAUCCACACCUUCCAUCAGUGUCCCAAAAGCACCAAAUCCGUGUAUUCAGACAUGAAGGCAGCAGAAAAAUUGCCCCAUCUCCCCAGCAAGGAGGUUUACAUAUCUGAUCUCACUUGGGAGCAAAAAGAAAAAGUGCUCACUCUUCUCUUUGCUAAAAUGAACGGGAAUGAAGAACAUGUGAUCUACCAGAAGAUGGAUUUGUGAGAGUCCUGCAGGAAGAAGAGCAGUGUGCUGACACCAAACCUGCCGAAUGCAAUUGAAAAUUUAAACAAUAAAAAUGUGCAUCAGA